AUGGCCAACGUGAGGAAAUACUACUGGAUUCCCAAACUUCGACAGCUAGUGCAACAAGUCACAAUCGGGAGAUGCGUUCCGUGUCAGAAAAUGAACAACCUUCCGUUCAAGUAUCCGGAGAUGGAGGACCUCCCUGAUCGACGCGUACAAAGAGCACGGCCAUUCGAGCACGUUGACAUCGAUUAUUUUGGUCCCCUCACGGUAAAAGAGUGCGAUGAAACCAUCAAAGCUUAUGGUAUUAUCAUGACGUGUACAGUGACAAGGCUUCUCCACUUGGAACUCGUGUCAGAUAUGACUACUGCUAACCUGCUAAACGCUCUACGACGGUUCUUUGCUAGGAGAGGUGUCCCAACCUCGAUCACUUCGGACAACGGGCCCUAUUUUCUUCUAGGAGAGCAGAUUCUCCAGGAUGCUGUACUGCCGGUCAUCAACGACAAAUCCUUGGCCAACGCCAUGGCUACAAAGGGAAUCACGAGGAAGACAAUCACGCUGUACGUUCCGUGGCAGAGAGCUUUCUGUGAGCGUUUGAUCAAAUCUGUUAAACAUUCCCUUUACAAAGUCAUUCAAGGAAAGGUCCUAACGAAGUCAGAAAUGGAAACCUUGCUGAUUGAGAUUGAAGGCAGUCUCAAUACAAGACCGCUGUCAUAUCAAGAACAGCAUUGGAAUGAAGCUCUGAUUUUGCGACCGAUCGACUUCAUACAACGUGACAUGGUGAUCACAUUCCCCUUUGAAACAUGUAGCACCGGAAGUGAGGAUGAAAACUAUCUUCCGCCUGAGGAGAAAAUUGCAUUUCGAAACCGUCGCCAAACGAAAGAGGCUCUUAAACCAAGUCACGAGUAUACGGAGCGCUUCUGGAAAAUAUAG